ACAAGCCCUAGACUACGCAGAUGCUCUAACUAUCUUCUUGUUAGCUUGGCGAUCGCUGAUUUGAUCGUGACCAUGGUGUGUGAGCCGUUAGCCGUGGGAAUCGUGGCCAAGAAAACCUUUUUCAACGACUGUGCAUCAAACCUGGAGCUCGCCUAUGGUGUCUUUGCUAACUUCUCGUGUUCAGCGUCUCUGUUGCACCUAGCGGCAAUCAGCGUUGAUCGCUUUCUCGCCGUUAUUUUCCCCCUCCGUCACGGUCGCAUAAUGAAGAACUAUGGCUUGAAGAUCAUGUUGAUAGUUGUUUGGGGUGUAGCAACAGUGUUUGCAUCUCUUCGUGUGCCUUUCCUAAAAGAAACAGCUUACUUGGCUGCUCUGAUGUUUAUCAUAGGCUAUUUCCUUGUCAUCGGAUGCUACUUGUCCAUCACGAUUUCAGUAUUUUUGCUCAGGAGGAGAAACAAGCAAGCUUCUAGGCAAGGCAGAACAGUCAGAAUUUCCGUUGGUAGCAAAGCUGAGAGACGGCUUGCUUUCACGCUGGCUAUUGUAAUUGGCGUAUUUACAGCAUGUUGGUUUCCCGCGAUCGUUGUUUUCUUUGCUGCUGGGAAAUCUCUGGUGAAAAUGUAUGGAACCGCGUACAUGUGGAUAAGAACUUUAGCCUUGUUAAAUUCAGCUAUGAACUUUAUUAUCUACAGCGCUAGAAUUCGUGACUUCAGAGACGCCUUCGCAAUUAUAUGCCGCAAGAUUCUUCGCAUGGUUUGA